AUGUUUCGGAGUCGUAGUUGGUUUGGUGCAUCUUGGGGCAGGCCCAAGAACCCCCAUUCUUUGGAGAGGUUGAAGUACCUCCACAAUAUUUUGUCAAAAAACACUACUGUAUCAGAGAGUAAUCGUGGAACCCUCGUGGAGUCCUUAAGGUGUAUAGCAGAGAUUCUGAUAUGGGGUGACCAGAAUGAUAGCUCAGUUUUUGAUUUCUUUUUAGAGAAAAAUAUGCUCUCAUAUUUCCUGAAGAUAAUGAGACAGAAAUGUGGUGGCUCAUCAUAUGUUUGUGUGCAAUUGUUACAAACUCUAAAUAUUUUAUUUGAGAAUAUUAGAAAUGAAACAUCAUUGUAUUAUUUGCUGAGUAAUAAUCAUGUCAACUCAAUAAUUGUCCACAAGUUUGAUGUAUCUGAUGAGGAGGUUAUGGCAUAUUACAUUUCAUUUUUAAAGACGUUGAGCUUGAAACUCAAUAAUCAUACUAUACAUUUUUUUUACAAUGAGCAUACAAAGGAUUUUCCAUUGUACACAGAGGCUAUCAAGUUUUUCAACCACCCAGAAUCAAUGGUUCGGAUAGCUGUGCGCACUCUAACCCUUAAUGUCUACAGGGUACAAGAUGCAAGCAUGCUCCGUUUUAUAAGAGAUCGCACCGCAGCACCAUACUUCAGUAAUCUAGUCUGGUUUAUUGGAAAACACAUAUUGGAGCUAGACGCUUGUGUCAGGAACGACGCUGACCAUCAGUCCCAACAGAAACUCGACGAUUUAGUAGCCGAGCAUUUGGACCAUCUGCAUUAUAUCAACGACAUAUUGUGCUUGAACAUUCCCGACCUCAAUGAUGUUCUCACCGAGCAUCUAUUGCAUAAAUUACUCAUCCCUCUGUACAUUUACUCCUUGACUUCCGAACCGACAAGACGGCCCGUGACGUCGUCGCCGUACAACAGAGACCAUAUACAAAGUAUCGAGGUUAUCACGAGGAAUUUGGAGGCCAUUCUGAAGGGGAAAACCACCGAUAGCCCGUCAAGGAUGACGUACCCUAUACAGAGGAUGGAGACAGAGGAAGAAACGAAACCAUCGGUGUCUUGCGUGGUUGCUCUAUUUUUGCUAUCGCAAGUGUUCCUAAUAAUAACGCACGGCCCGAUUGUUCACGCGCUGGCCUGGAUUAUACUGCAGUCGGACUUAUCUGUGUUUGAGGACGGUGCAACCAGAAUACUGGAAAUGUAUCUGAGCAAAGCGAAGACCAACGUUAAAUUGGAGUUCUCGAAGCCGCAACUGAGCUUGGAGAAAGCUUUGGAGACAUCGGGCCAGGAAAGGGACUACACCACACCGGAGUACAGUGAGCCGAAAGCUUUCGGCUGCGACCUUGAUAAGGACACGGACCAAUCCAGCUGCGACCUGGAUCCGGAACUCGUCUCGACCUCCCUACCGUCGACCUCGCAUAUUAGCGAGACGUCGAGUAUAGCGCACGACUCGACAGAAGACUUAGUAACGCAGAUACAUUCGAUUAAAUCCAUCGGAGCUCGGUCUUCCGUGCAGAAUAUGCCCGAUUCGCCCUUGCCAGAUUCCGGAAUCGAUUCGAGCUCAUCUAAAACCUUGUCGGAGUUGAACAAUAUCACAGACGAGGAAAAACAGAAGCUAUUAGGUGUCAUGCCAAGCACAUCGACGCAGAAGACCUUGAGUAUAGAGAACAUUUUAGAAAGAGAGAUUAAAGAAAUAGAUAAGAGGCCAUUCCUUAAGACCAUUCUGGAUUCAUUAGACUGCAGCGAGAACGAUUACAAAGCUCUCUUCGCUCUGUGCUUAUUAUUUGCUUUGAUAAACAACAAAGGAGUGAACACAGAGCUUUUAGACACUCUGUUGUGCCCUGAGACUGAAGACGAAAACGGUACAAAUCCAAAUUCCCGGUGUUCCAACGCUAGCAGCCGAGAAGACGCCUCCAAUGAUGAAGGUGGCCAACAAGAUGGGAGUCCAGCCCGCUCAGCGAAACGACGAAUGCGAAGCUUUAAUGCGCUUCUUAUAAACAAGUUGAUGGCUAUCGCCAACCUCAGCUGUAAACCGGCGUCGAAGGUGCGGCUGGUGACGUGCGAGCUGAGCGUGAGGCUGGUGCUGGUGGCGAUGCAGGGCGCCAGCGGCAUUCCGUGCUCGCGGCACGUGGCCGCCGCGGACGCCCUGAGAGCGCGGGCCGCCUCCCUCGCGAGGAACUUCUACAAGUGCGACGACAUCUUCCUGGACAUGUUCGAGGAUGAGUACUGCGAAAUGAGCAAGCGCCCCUUAAACGUGGAGUGGUUGUGUAUGGACGCAGCGAUACUGUUGCCGCCGACACGGACACCCAUGUCGGGAAUUGCCUUCGCGAAACGCCUGCCCAGCGGCGAGAUGGAAAGAGCGCGCCGAGCAAUCAGGACGUUCUUCCUCGUCCGAGAUCUGUUCCUGAAGCUCACCAACAAACCGGAGACACAGCUGCCGCUGACCAAUCCCACGCCGUUCGUUCAAGUCGGAGACGUGCUGGACCUCAAUGACUCCGAUCUCAUAUCGUGCGACAUAAUACAGAAGGACGGCACGUGGCAUCACAGGUUCCUCGCCGUGGACCACAUUCAGAUAAUACUGGUGGAGCCCGACAAGCAGAAAAUGGGCUUCGGCGUCGCCAAGUUGGUAGGAAGCCUGCAGGAUCUAGAAAUCCAAGGCGACAAAGAGGACCCCCGCUGUCUCCAGCUGACUAUCCACAAGCCGCGCGUGGGCGCGGGUGGCGCCUUGCCCCGAACGGUACUGCUGAGGGCAAGGUUCAAGUUCGACGACCACAUACGCAGCAUGGCGGCGAAGCAACGCCUCACCAAGGGUCGGACGAAGGCGCGCCAGAAGAAGAUGCAGCAGAUCGGCAGGCUGCUGGAGGUGUCUGGCAUCUCGGCGCCCGCAAUGGCGCCCAGGCAUCGGCCACUCUUCGCCAGGCCUGGCCUUUCGGCCGUGCGACGGACGUCAGGUGUGGACGGUGAAGAGACCGAGCGACGCAUACGAAGGCCGAGCGGCCACGUGCUGAAGGAUGGAAUAGUGGUGUAUCGGGAGAGGAGCAGUAGAGAGAGCUUCAUAACUUUCAGUAGCGUGUCGAGAGGCGGCAGCUCUCAGGGCUCCCGUGAGGGUUCUCCACGGGCGCGUUCCGAAGAGAUACCGCUUGAAGAUAUCCGGAGAAAUAUGGCAGCGGCCGCCACGCCAGUCUGUGCGCCACAGAGCCAACCGAGCACAUCGAGCCAAGGCCAGAAGGUGAUAACUACAUCGUCCGAAGAGACAUCCUUCAUUUCCGGCGAGGUCCCGCGCUACAAAAGAAAGGGAAUCGUCGAGACCAUA